ACAGGGUCUUUCUGCAUUGGCGUAUGAUGAUACCUUGUCCCAGGCCUCUCUAUUGAUUUACUUCCUCUACAAUAAAUUGAAGGCGAAAAGGCAACAAAUCACAGCCAUCGUGUUCGUAAAAGAUAGAUUUCACCGAGAAAAAUGAAACCAGAAAGCGAUAAAAGCUUAGAGAAUGCCGUGUCUAUGAUGUGAGUCCCCUGAUACGUUUCCGAUUUCUCAACAAGACAAAGAGGCGAUCUGAUUUAGGCCGUGUGUGGGUUGGCUACUUCUGAAGAAAAAAAAACAUUGCGAGGCAUUUUGCCAGAACUGAAAUCUCGUCAAUCUUACAUCUAUCAAGCAUAUUUGCUAUGUUGAAUAGCUUUUUUCAGACAUUUUGAAAUCAACACUGUGUUAUGUAGGGAGUCUUUGCAAACUUGCCAAGUAAAAGACAAUGACUGAGUCAGACAAGGAGGCAAAUGGCCUUUCUGUUGCUGCCAGGAUUCGUAUGUACCAAACUAAUUUCAAAAGUAGUGAUACAAAAGCAUGUAUAAAAAAGAAUUCAAAUGAGAGUCUGCAUCCCCCAGCUAAGCCAAAGAGAGCAAUUUCUGAAGAUGGUAAGAAAGAACAGCCUAAAACAAUCAAACUACCAGAUGAAAAUGAAAGGGCCCAGUCAGUUCAUCUGAGAGAAACUAGUUUGAGUGGCACUUCAUCAAAUGAGAUCAGUAGCUACUCUCCUUGUCCCUCUCCAACAGCAAAGGCACAGUUGAUGAAAGUUGGUAGCCCAAAAGUUGCUGUUAAAAGACAUUCAUUAGGUGAAAAGGCCAUUGAAAAAGAUAUCCCUGGUAUUCCAGCCGAUAAAUUACACGAGAAGCUAAUAAAGCCACCAUUGCCGAGUAAACCUGCAGCUUCACAGUUGAAUGCUCAUCCUUCAAAGGACUUGAAUGAUAACUGUAAUGUAAAGCCAGGAAAAGUAGCAAAUCAGUCGAAUGUAAAACCUAAAUUAAAACCUAAAGUAUCUUCAGAAAAGCUAUCUGAAUCAAGUAAACAGAAUGUGUUGGGGAAUGAUAAUUUGAAAAGGCUUUCUGGUCCUCCAAGCCGUCCUUUGCCUCCUGGCCCAAAACCCCAUUCAAAUUCACUUACAGCUACAGACAUUAUGUCCAGUGCUUUUGAGUCAAAAAAUAUUUCAAAUCAAGUGGAAUCAUUUUGUGAAGAUGAUGAGAGAGUUUAUGAGGAUCCUAACCAACGUGGAAGUAAUGAGUCUGAUUUGGAUUAUGAAGAGCCAGAGAUAUUUGAAGGGGACAAAAAAGGAAGAAAUGGUGUUGUCCAAAGCACUGCAAAAAGAAGACCACCUCCUUUACCGUUAAACAGUUUGGAAAAUACUAGGAAGUCUGUUAAGCCACCACCUUUACCAUCAAGGAAUUCAGUUAGUAUAGCUGAAGACCAGUCGCUGUAUUCAUAUGCUUCAGAUACAACUGAAAUGUUUGCAAAUAGAGUGUCCCAGCCUGGCUUAUAUGAAACACCAGAUGUCAGUAGUGUCAGAGGCUUGAUGCUGGGUAUACAGCAGAAAAGUGGCACUUAUGAAACUCCUGAUAGCAAUUCUGUGAUGAACUUUCUUUCCAAAGUCAAUGAAGUUGAUGCAACGGAUGAUGCUACAUAUGAAACUCCGGACAAAGAGGUUGUUGAUGGUUUUACCAAUGCUCUCAAGAUAAAUGAAAGUGGAGGUGUGUCAGGCUCAGAUUCCGAUGACUAUUGUGAACCAAACAGCGUUGACCCAUCCCAACAAAGAACUGGGAGAAUUAUCAUUCCACAGGCUCCGCAAAAAGUUUUGCCACCCCCUCCGCUUGGUGAAGAACAACCAGACGCGGAAAGCAGUGAUGAUGAUUCUGGACAUGACUAUGAAGAUCCAAGCGAAGAAAUUAAGCCAUCUGCCAGGUUGCUGUCUCUACGAAGAGGCAGCCAGCCAGUUUUCAAUCCCGAGGCCUAUCUUGCGUUGGAUGAAAUGGAUGACAUGGGUGACAGUACAACUUAUCAGGAUCCUGCAGAAGCUUUUGCAUCUAUGAAAGGACCAGUUCUUUUAACAAAACCCAAAGAUAACGAAGAUGAAUAUGAAGAUCUUGCUGACGAACCACUGUAUCAGAUGUAUGCCGCUGACGUGCUAUCAGAAAUGAGACGGCAAAGUAAAAAAGAAUACAAAGAAGAUGACGUAUUCAAUGAAUACAGCACUGGAAGCAUCGAGGCUGGUCAGCGACUGUUAUGGUGCCAGCUACCGUCAGUCAGAGACAGUGGCGUGCUCGAUGAAUUGGAGCCACGUGAAAGGAAGCGACAAGAGGCUAUGUUUGAGGUUAUCACGUCGGAAGCUUCUUAUUUGAAAAGUCUAAGCAUAUUAGUGAACCACUUCAUGAAUGAAUUUUUGGAGCAGCUAGAGAAGCCAUCCGAAGAGCGUCUUAUUGACAAGCAGCAGUUUCAUUUCAUCUUUGGUGGACUUGCAGCCAUAAGAAAUACUAGCGAGAAAUUUUUGCACAGCCUACGCGGAAAGCAGCAAGACAAUUUUAUUAUUUCUUCGAUCAGUGACAUUGUCACUGACUAUGCCACGAAACACUUCGAAUGUUACGUGAAGUAUUGCUCAAACCAAGUUUACCAAGAACGAACAUUGUCUGCCCUUGGGAAUGAGAGUCAAGCGUUCAUUGAUCUUCUUGGAAGACUGGAGUCGUCUUCUAGGUCACAAGGGUUGUCACUCCAGUCGUUCCUCGUGGUUCCGAUGCAGCGAAUCACUCGUUUGCCGCUUCUUAUGGAUGCGAUUUGUCACCAGUGUGAGCCAGGCAGUGAAGAGUUUAACAAUACGGACAAAGCUCUCAGUGCAAUACAUAAGGUUGUGAAAGCUUGCAAUGAAGGUGCACGGAAAAUGGAGAGAAUAGAGGAAAUGUAUUAUGUCCAGCAAAUGCUGUCUUUCAAGAUGAAACCUAUUCCCAUCGUAUCGUCAUCGAGAUGGCUUCUCCGACGUGGGGAGCUUGUCUGUUUAGAAAACGAAAAGAAAGCACGUACUUUCAAGGCCCUGCUAAGAGGAGGAAAAUACUACAGGAUAUAUCUGUUUCUCUUCAACGACUUGUUGCUUGUUACCAAAAUGAAAGGCGAAGAGAGUUUCAAAGUAGUUGAUUACUGCUCCAGAACACUUAUCCGAAUCGACGAGGAGUCUGUGCCAACGGGUGAUACGUUGAAACCUGGCACCGUCGGAAUACCAACAAACAAACAUAUGUUUUCCCUUAUUCUUUUGGAAAAUCAUCAAAGGAAGACAGCAACUUAUGUUUGUCUUGCUGAAACAGAAACGGAGAAAGUUCGUUGGAUAGAGGCUAUUAAUCCAAAAACUUCAGGAGAACAGGAUGGUGAAAAAAUAUACGAAGAAUGGGACUGUCCUCAAGUCCGUACUAUUCAUGCUUAUCAAGCACAGCAGCCUGACGAAUUAAAUUUAAGGGAAGGCGAUGUUAUCAAAGUGUUGAGGAAAUUGCCAGAUGGCUGGUAUGAAGGAGUGCAUUUACUAGAGGGCGAGCAAGGUUGGUUUCCUGCAAAUUUUACAGAAGAGAUUCAUAGCGAACAUACCAAGGCCCGAAAUCUGAUGCAAAGGUACCGUCUUAUCAACACAGUCACAUUGGCUUUUGAUUCAAAAUCGAAGAAGAUAUCAUCGGGAUCAAAGCAGUGAAAAUUGAUUAAUACUGAAGCACUGCUCCUUUGAGAGUACCCAACUAAUCUGAUUCUUCUUUUGAAGCCUGAUACCCGAUUCCUGACCAUCUAUUCCCGAGUCCCGAAGUUAUCGAUUCUCGAAUCCCACUCUCAAAAAAUUGCCAAUUCCCGAUUCCAAAAAAUGACGUUUCCUGCUUCCCCGAAAAACAUUGGGUACCACUUAUGUUGAUACAUCUCUACUACUUUCUCGUGUUUCUCAUCAUGCAUAAGUUUUUAUAUAAUUGCAAACUGCCCACUUGUGAUAUCAGUUAAAAUAAAAUUGCCUUUAUUACAUUAUUAAGUAACAUAUACUAUUGUAUUUAUGUAAUAUCAAUUUUUUGAUAUUCAUUUGAGCACCAUUCAAAAUGCCAGAGAAAAUUAAACCUAACGUUGACUGCGACCCUUUAUAACCUUUACAUAAAUACCAAGAUGUGUUUUUAUCCAAAUCCUUGUUAUAACAGGACACAAGAGCAAUGAAAAUAUCUGUUUCACAAGUAAAAACGGACACUCUCCCUUAUACUGAUCUUUCAUUUUUAGCUAAAUUUUGUGAAAAUCUGUUAACUUGCCCAGACUUUCCAAACAACAGGACAAGCCUGAUAAAUAAUGACGUUUUGUCUUUGUGUUGGUGCUUGAAGUAAGAGCUCUGUGUGACUCAAUUCUUUGUAAGAAUUAUAAUUCAACGAAGAUGUUUUCUUUGUAAGCAUUUGGUUUAUUCCCAGGAAAGGUUGUAUUGUUUAGGCCGCUAGAAAGAGACAAAGAAAUGUCUAUUAUCCAUUAAUGGUCUAUUUGUGGGGAUUCCUGGCCGAAUAGUUUGGUGAUUGCAUUGUAUGAAUAUGGGGUAAACCUGAAGAACAACCUUAGAAAAAGCUAAAUUCAUUUCUAAUGAAGUUCAUUUGAUAUUCACUUAGAAACUGUUGCCAUAUUACUUUAUUGGAACUAUUCAUGUUUUCAGAUCUCUUGUGUCAUAUGUUGAGCUUUUAUGAAAAGAAAUGUCAACAGCAGUUUGAGUGAACUGGGUUAGAUUUCCUUUGUUACACAGAAAUGUUUAGCCUGCAUAUGUUAUGGAUUGACUAGAAUAGGAGCUGCAUUGAUUAAGGAUCAAUUUUUAAGUGAAGUUUUCCUACCUGGGGAGGAUGGCUUUAUUCUUUGAUUAGACUGUGUCGUUUACAUUUAGAGAUUAAGUUUGUAGUUGCUUGCCUUAAAAAAAUCAAAAUUUGAAAAUGUUAACAAGGAACCUAUUUAUCUGCAACUUUUUUGCACAUAUCAGAAUGUAAUGUGAAAUAACCAGGUUUUCAAUAUUAAGGUAAAAAUAAUUGCAAACUAUUUUGUAACAUUUUAUAAUUUAUUAUUAUACUCUUUGUGAUCAGAUGUAAAAUAUUUAGGAUCCGAAGCUGAGUAUUCUAGCAGAGAACAGUCCUUGUUACAUAAUUUUGUAAGUUAAACAUUGGCGUUCAGUUAAUACAAUAAUACAAUUUGUAAGAAUUGAUUUUUUUAUCUAGUGUAUAUCAAAUCCAAUAAA